AUGACAUCGUCCACUACGAUAAAGCUCUGCAUUGUAGCGGUGGUCAUCGCCUCACUUCGGGCACAAGAUAAUUUCGCCCUUGAGAAACGCGCAAUGCGCAACGCUCUAGUGCGCUUCGGCCGGGCCGGAGGAAGUAUGCGGAAUGCGUUAGUCAGAUUUGGCAAAAGAUAUCUGGCGACUGAUGACGAUUAUGCUACAGCGGCAGCACAAGACAAGCGCAAUGGUGCACCGCAACCUUUCGUUCGAUUUGGACGUUCCGGACAUCUAGAUCAUAUCCACGACAUUUUAUCAACUCUACAAAAGCUGCAACUGGCUAACUAUCAUUGA